UAACACUCACCUGACACCUGCCUCCUUCCAGCUGGACUACGUGGUGACAUGCGCCGUCUGCACGCGCUCAGACGCAGGAGACAUCCACAUCCACAAGAAGAAGUGUCAGGAAGUGUUUGCGUCUCCCAGUAAACACGCCAUGGACAGCAAAGGGGAGGAGUCCAAGAUGAGCUACCCCAACAUCUUCUUCAUGAUUGACAACUUCGAGGAGGUGUUCAGCGAUAUGACGGUGGGAGAAGGUGAGAUGGUUUGUGUGGAGCUGGUGGCCAGCGACAAGAGCAACACCUUCCAGGGCGUCAUCUUCCAGGGAUCGAUCCGCUACGAGGCGCUCAAGAAGGUCUACGACAACCGGGUUAGCGUCGCCGCUAAGAUGGCCCAGCGAAUGUCUUUUGGCUUCUACAAAUACAACAAUAUGGAGUUUGUGCGGAUGAAGGGUCCUCAGGGGAAGGGCCACGCUGAGAUGGCCGUGAGCCGGGUGCCCACCGGGGACACGUCGCCCUGCGGCACCGAGGAGGACCAGGUGUCCCCGAUGCACGAGAGGGUGACGUCCUUCAGCACUCCUCCCACCCCCGAGAGGAACCGGCCCUCCUUCUUCUCUCCUUCUCUGAGGCGUAAGAUGCCCCGAAACCGGAUCGCUGAGAUGAAGAAGUCUCACUCUGCUAAUGACAGCGAGGAGUUCUUCAGGGAGGAGGAAGACGAAGAUCUUCACACCACCACCAACCUUCGCUCUCGCUCUCUGUCGGGAACCGGACGCUCUCUGGUCGGAUCCUGGCUCAAACUCAACCGAGCUGAAGAUUACUUCCUGCUCUACUCUCACCUGACCUACGUCACCCUGCCGCUGCACCGCAUCACCACAG